AUGAACACACCCAGCAUCUCCUUCACAAGCCUCGGCUUGGUGGUCCUCGACGAGAUCCGCUUCCCCAACCAGGAGCCAUUACUUGAUAUUUUGGGCGGCUCUGGUGCCUACGCCACGCUCGGUGCUCGAUUAUUCCUCCGCCCUCCGCUGAGCCGGACCUUGGGCUGGAUGAUCCAUACUGGGAAUGACUUUCCAAAGCUCAUGGAGGACCGGCUAAGGAGCUGGGAUGCAACAUUGAUUGUAGAACGAGAAUCGGACAAGCCGUCAACGAGAGGGUUACUGGGGUAUGAGGAUACUACGUUUGGACCGAAACACUUCACGUAUACAACACCCCUCCUCCCAGUUCACGAGAGCAACCUGAAAAACACCCCCCUCCUAACUGCAAAAGCAUACCACUACCUCGAAACCCCCCAAGACAUGGAGACCCGUCUCUCAACCCUCCUGUCUCUCAGGAACGAAGCAACCAGCGCACUAGACCUAGACCUACCCCGCCCCUUCAUAAUCUGGGAACCAGCCCCCUACGCCUGCAAACCCGAGAACCUCCAGUCCUGCCUGGUCGCCGCACACGCCGUCGACGUCCUCUCCCCAAACCACCUCGAGCUCGCCGCACUCUAUGGCGAAUCCCCAGCAAAAGCUCACGACAAAGCCACGAUUGAAGCCCUGGCGCGACGGAUGCUAGACAGCGGCGUCGGCCCAGACGGGACCGGCACCGUCGUCGUCCGCGCAGGCGAGAACGGGAGCGUUGUUGUCGCGCGCGAUAUGCCUCCCACGUGGCUGCCGCCGUUUUAUACGUCCGGACCAGUGGGGGAACAGCAUUCCAAGGUGGUUGAUCCGACUGGGGCAGGGAAUGCGUUUCUGGGGGCGUAUGCUGUUGGGUACCUCCGUACUGGGAAUGCGGUUGAGGCGGCUUGCUAUGGGACUGUGGGGGGCUCAUUUGCGCUAGAGCAGGUAGGAAUGCCGGAACUGAUCUCCGGCGGAGAUGGGGAGUUGUGGAAUGGUGUGGACGUUUUUGAGAGGUUGCGUGAGUAUAGGGAGGUUGUUGGUCUUGGGGACUAG